AUGAAAGAAAUAGAUAAAACAUACGAUAGGGUUGUUGGAGGUGGAUUAAAACUUAAAGGGAAAGUAAUAACAAAGUCAAAAAGAAAUAAUAAAGUCCUUAAACCAGAGGAAUUGCCAACAAAUUCUGUAGAUUCCUCAGUGGCACAAGAAAGUAAAGAUUAUGUGACAAUUCCAAUAGAUAAUGACUAUAAAAAAGAAUCAAGUGACGAUUCCGAAGCAUUGUAUGGGAGGAAUCCUGGACAAGCGAAAGCGGAUAUACUAAAAGAAAGAAUAGAUAGGGUGAAAAAUAAUCCAAACCUAACGAGCUCAGAGAAAACGUUCAAAAUAGCACAAAUAAAAAGAACUUAUCAAAGGAUUGAGAACUCACUCAAGGAAUCGCACAGAGAAAAAAUAGAAAAGUUCAACUCGAAACUUUCAAAACUAUCAGAACAUUUAUGCAAACUUUUCAUAAAUUCGUGCCAACACACAAUAUUAAAAAUGAGUGAAUCGACCUUUUUGGGAACCCCGUUAACCAAAUAUGAUGUUGACGACUUCGAAAUUAAUGUAAAAAAUAAAAGAGCAAGGUCGUAUUUGGAGUCGAAAGAAUUGAAGAAUAAACAGAACAGAGAAUACAUAAAUAGGAAUAAAAUUAAGACAUUAUACACAGUAGAUACAGAAGAAGGCUGGACUCCGUCCGAUUUUAAAUCAUCAAGGACAAAAAGAGCAAGUUAUAACUUCCAAACCGUAAGCACAUUCACAGAUCAAGAUGAUUCCGACAUAAUAUCGCUGAAAGUACUGAACAAUUUGAACCUGAAGAAGAGAGAAAUAGAAAUAGGAAGGAUAAUUAAACUAAUUUUAAACAAUGAAGGGUUCCUGAAGACAGUAAUUGGACCACAGCUCCCACCAAAGGACAAAGUUACAAGUCUGAGGGACCCCUCAGACCUGAGAGGAAUAGGAUUCAAAGACGUAAUUAAAGAGGAAAUAGAAGCAGAAUUGAACGCAAUAGAAGAUUCAAAAGAAUCGACAAGUAAUCGCAACAAUAAACAGACAGGAGUCAAAUCAAGGAAGAGAGGAACAAGACUUAAGUGGGUUUCAUACGAUAAAGAUAAGGAAGUGUUCCCAAAAAUAGAAAUGGACCUGGGAGUAAAGAAGGAAGAAUUUAAAAAAUAUCACGAAUUUGAUAGAGACGUGGACCUUAACGAAAUCAAGGAGUGCUACAAAAGCUACUACGACUACAUAGUGAAGCCCCUGGAAAACAUCAGGGAAGAAACAGUGGAAGACCUGCUGGAAAAAUACACUAAAAUGCCAGAGUUCACAAAAUCGGAAGCGAGUUACACGACGCUCGGCGGCGAUUCGCUACAGUAUGAAGAUUCCAAAAGCGCUAAGCUGCAAACGGAAAAAUAUAAAAAUAAUUUUAAAGGAAGGACAGUUUUGAAGUAUGAAUACUCGAAGGAGCUGCUUAGCAAGUUUAAAAUCAAGGCGCAAUUCAGAGAAUCAGAGGAGAUUAAAACGACUAAGCAAACGGAGGAAUCACAAGGGGAAGGAAAGCAAUUGGUAGAACUACCAAGAGAAAUAUUUGCAAAUAUAUUUAAAACUCUAAAUAAGUAA